ACAUGUGUACAAAAUUAAAACUUGCGUACAGUAUUUAACACUUAAAACAUUAUUAGACCAUCAAACCAGUCAAUACUUACUUCGCGGUAACAAAGUAAUACUCAAAGACUACCUAUACGAGAGAUGCUUUAGAAACAACGGAGGUUAGAAAAAUCACGGGAUAAACACUGAAAGCAUGAUGUGACAAGCAAGUUAUGCCGUGUACCUAUCUCCAAUGUUAUUGGUAGACAGCGCCCCAAGGAUGGAACUAAACAAUCAGCUGAUUUUCAUUUUUCCGUACUUAUAUCGGCUCUGCCGGUAAGUCCAUAUGUCAUCGCCUUCUCGAUCAUAUGUCACCAACAGUCCGCAACAGUUUAUUUAAUUUAAUUCAGUAAAGCAUUAUGUGUAAGUGUUGUAAUUUUAACAGGCUAUUAUUCGACAAUUCACUCAAGUGUAUCUCUCAAGUACAAUUAUUGUGCUAACAGAAAGUUUUGGCUGUAUAUUCAAAGUCUAUAACCAAUAUGCACUGCGAGUGGAAAAUAAAAUACCUUGCAAGCCGCUCACCAAUAGUUCGUCAUCUAUUUCAUGAAGAUCGUUUAAACAUAAAUAAAGCAGACGAAGGAAGCAUGAAACUUAAUCUAAAUUCUUACUGCAAUGUUCAAAUUGGAAUCAUAUAUAACUCCAGUAAUUCUCAGUUAUGUUGAGAAAUAUGUCAAAAAUUUUAAACCGGAACAGUCACAGGUAUCGCUGUGGGGAGGAGAUGCAUCGUUUCAAAAUCUUAAUCUACGACUGGAGGUAUUGGAGGAACAACUGAACCUCCCGUUCACAUUUGUCAGCGGACACAUUCAUGAAUUACUUAUUCAUGUACCAUGGGUCAAAAUUACAUCCGAACCCAUUGUCGUAACAAUAAAUACUAUAGAAUGUAUUUUAAAAUUAAAAGAUGAAAAACAAUCCGAUAAUAAUACAAACUCAAAUUUUACAAAACAAAUUGAGAUUCCCCAAGAUGAAACUCCUCCUGGAUAUAUCAAGAGUAUUGUAACAAAAGUCAUAAACAACAUCACCAUCAAUUGCAACAAUUUAAUUCUAAAAUAUGUCGAAGAAGAUAUUGUUCUCAGUAUUAAUGUUAGAUUCUUAUCCAUGCAAACUGUCGAUAAUAAGUGGGAACCAGCAUUUACUGAUAUAAGUAGCUAUGAAGUAAAACUUCAAAAAAUCAUCACAGUCCAAGAUUUAACUUUGUGUCUUGACAAAAUGGAUACAUCAGGCAAAAUAGAAAUUUAUCAAGAUCCAGUACUCUAUCGAUGUUCCAUGAUUAUACGUUUAAUAAUGAAUUAUCACAGUAAUAUUGCUAAAAGAGCAUCAAUAACAAGGCUUGAUUUGCACUGCCAAAAAAUGGAGUUUAGUAUAACGGAGCAACAAAUACCAAUGAUACUUCGUUUACUUGAUCUCCUCAGUUUGUUGCAAUCUCGGCAAUUUCCUACUGCCAAAGAAAAAUCAUAUGUAUCUCCAGAGGAGAGUGAGAAUGUUUCUCAAGAUGAAUUAACUCAAGCAGCUGGUUCCACUGGGGAUAUAGGUUGGGGAAUGUGGGCUUGGAAUACUAUGUCUUCAAUACUGCCAAUGGAUUGGGAUAAUGAAUGGGCAAGUGAGCAGAAUUUGGCAUAUUCAGGGCAUGUAAUACAUUUUGGUUUUUAUGUCGAUAAUGCUACUAUAACAUUUAAGACUGUGGAAAGUGUAAAGGAACAGUUGUUUUAUAAAUCCCGAAAAAUAAAAUAUAAAUCAUUCCUCUCACUUCGUUUUUCUGAGGCUGUACUUGAUGUGGUAUUGCAAGGAAUUUCAAUGACAAAUUUUACUCUUGGUUUUGGAAGUAUUCGACUUUAUCCCCGCGGGACAUGCAGCUGCGGUUUUCUGGAAGUUGUAGAUGGAGCCCAACCACCAUUAUACCUGACAGCUGGAUUAAGCAAAAAGAACUAUUUAAAAGAUACUUUGUUUGACAAUGAAGCUAUUGAAAAUGAAGGGAAAAAAAGAGUGUACAAAAAAGAUGUUACUUAUCAUCUUGCUUCAGUCACAAUGCCGACGUUAUUGGAAAGGUGUCCAGCUUUUUUUAUGGAUUACGUUCAUUACACAGAAAUAUCUGAUGAUAUCUCUCCUGAAAGAUUAGCUGAAUUUGGAUCGUGCUAUGAAUAUAGUAAUUUCCACGAAGAGAGGCACAUUAGAUAUGGUGUAGGAAAUCUAAUCAUCAGAUUAUGUUCUGGUCUCUUUCAUCGUAUUGACACAAUCAAACAAGCUUCCGAAAAAUACGAUUAUAGUCCUUAUCUUAUACCAAAACCAGCGCCGUCUUUUGAUGAACUACCGCCAGUGACUGUCGAGGAAUAUGAAGCUUUGAGAGAGAAUAUUCCUAUUGUUAACAUAAAUGUACAUAUAGUGAAGAGUGCCAUUCAAUUACAAUUAGCUGAUCAUCGAAUAACUGGUUUGCCGCGACAUCGUAAUUAUCUUGAAAAUAGAACGAUGCCACUGACGCCGGCCUUAUCAGAUGAUCCAUUUUUAAGUAUUGAAUGCGACUCCAUAUCAGCUGCCCUGGAACAGCCUUUAUAUCCUUUUAGACUUGCAGCAUGUGCAUCAAAGCAAACUGAAAUCCCACCUGAAAUGCUGACUCAAUGUUAUCGGGACAUAAAACUAAAAUCAGAGGGUGUCAAUAGUCAAGUUUACCUAAAAACGAAUUGUCGAACGUCGAUAAUUAUGCCAUGUAACAUGGAAGGCAAUUUACGUACACUACUCUAUCCCGAAUACUGGAGAAACUUAGAUACAAUUCACAGCUUUCACAAUUUGAAGAUUGACGCGAUAACGGUUACUGGAACUAAGCGAAAAAUCAUGGUUGCCAGUUCAAUACUCACUUCACUUUUAUAUCCUGACGACAAUACGAAUCCGCUUUUAUGUUCAUCUCUUUAUACUGACUCAUGCGAUGAAAAAAGUCCAAUUUAUAUUGAGCUCUGCUUGGAAAAUAUUAAUUACGAAGGCAAAAUGUCUUUGACUACUACUUCUUGCACAGCGACUGUAAAUGCUAUUAAAGUAUUUGCGCACAAUGAAACUCAACAGGCUUUUAUACUUUCUGGGCCUGAAAUAGAAAGUCAAAGUACUGCUGAAAACCAAGCUUUGUUUACUGCUGUGAUACAAUUUUCAAAGGACUUGAAUAACCAGAGGCAUCCAGCUAUUUGUUUCUUUCAAGUUGCUUCUAUGAAAGGCUCUCUAGAUCCACUUUUGUUGCAAUGGCUGGACUAUCAAGUCACCUAUUAUAAGUUAAAUACAACUUAUACCAUGAAUAAGGCGGAAACUGCACAUGUCAACAUUGAAGGAACCGUGUCUGAUUCGGGUGGUAAAAAGAGAAAUUUCCCGAGUUUGCACGAAAGUGUUCACAGUUCAUCGGACAAAGACAAAAGAAAACUGGAAGAGGCGAUUGAAAAGUCAAUGAAGAAAUCUGUCAACAAGACUAAUGAGUCCGAUAAAGUCUUAAUGCGCAGCGAUAGCGUUCAGGAGAACAUCCAAAAAAUAAGUAUAUUGAGCAAAUUAACAGAUUUGUACCCAUGGUGCUCUAGUUUAGUAUUGUUUGGCUCUGUAAAUCAUAUAGUAAUUUACAUACCAACUAAAACUAUGAGUGGAAUCGGUGUAGAAGGCAUAGAAGAAGCAAAAAAUCAAGCCUUACAGAGCGAUGAAAAUCUACAAAUUUUGGUGAUUAUGUCUCCAAUAAUUAGCAUACAUUCCUCGAAUGUACAAACAGAUCGUUUGAUAGAUUGCUUCCAAAGUUUACCGAUAACACUGCCGAAAAAGGUUUGGAUACACCAAAAUCACAGCUUCCCGUGGACCCUUGAAAUGUUGAAUUUUGAAUGUUUCACACUAAAGGGCUCUCAACAACAAAAUUUCAUAAAGAAAAUUUGCUUUAAAGCCACACUAGACUUAACAUCGAAAAAUUCUAUAAUCGAUUCUGUAAAAACCAAGCUCUCUGGAUUAAGUUUGUGCUUGUACGUUGAUACAUCGCCGAUAAUUAUAGCGGUGUCUGAACCCCAGGUCAUAUUUUUAAACAAAAUAUUCAAAAAUAUAGUCAAAGUAAUUCAACCCUUGUCACGACCCAAAGAAAAUGCACCCAAUAGCGGCACUAAAGAAGUCAAAGAUAUAUCCUUUGUUGUGCCAAGAAGUUCGUCUAGUCCAACUCAACUUCCCUAUCCUGAAGACACCACAACAACAUCUACUAUAUCUGCAAUCAAGGAUGGUUCUGUACAAGAAGAAGAAGAUUUGCAACUUACGGCGUGCAUCCAAUGGACGAUCGCAAAGGUGGCGUUGAAACUAUACAUAACUGGAGAGCACGAUCAUGCCACAUUAAAAUUAGUCUUGGAACUGGAAGACAUAAUCACAUCAGUAGAUAUUCAAUCGGUAUACUUCAAGCUCAAGCAUAAAAUUACAACAGCUACGAUUUUUCAUUAUACAAGGGCACCGCAAGCUCAGCAAUGGGACUUCGGUGAUUACGUUGGGCUUUUGCUUUGUGGAAGGGAGGACACUUUUGAAAAAAGCGAGGAUUCAGGAUUUUUAAGCCUUACCUUGACGGUUGCAAAAUCAGGAAAUGUGUACACACGAUGGAAUGCGCGAAAAUUACACAAAACGCAGAGAAAGGAUCUUAGAACGGAAGCCUUGCAGCCGACCGAUGCAUACAUCACCGAAGCACUUGUUAAAAUUCAGAUGGUGGACAUCAUUGUUCCUCCAAGCGUACUUGCCAAGUACAUAAAGCUGGUGAAACCCUUUUUCAAUGAUAAUCCCAUCGAUCAAAACCCAACUAUGAGUCCCACAAAAAAAGUCUCGCCGCCGUUUAUUGGUAUAACAAAUCUGCAAAACGAGUCGCUCCCUCUCAUCUACUUAGAGUUCAAAGGCUUUCGGCUGAUGCUACCUGUUGCUUCAGAAUCGAAUCAAGAGUUUCCGCAUGAUCUACUCAUGAUACAACUGGAUGGCAUUCGAAUAACACCGCACGCUGAAAAUCCUAUAUGUAGAGCACCUCUGCGAUCCGACAUCUAUCAAUUGGCAGCACAAGCAAACAUCUUGAAUGUACCUGGAUCGGCUGUUGAAGAUCGUCAAUAUCAAAUAAACGUUGACGGAAUAUGUGCUCAUACGACUACUUGGAAGGAUUAUCAGCAAAGCGUGGCAAAGCGGAUGUCGCAGUCUUACUUGUAUACAAUGAAUGAAAAUCCAGCUGUUGAGUGGAAUAAGUUAGGAAGCGGAAGUAGUCUUGAGCCGCAUUUUUCCACUCUGCCUGUUAUUACAAGAUUCGAUUUUUGUUUUAUCGUUGCCCCAGUCGUUAUAUUUAAACCAGACACGAUGGUUUGUGCUAGUGCUGCUGAAGUUAACUGCGUGACAGAUUUAGAAUUGAUGAUAAACUUAAAUCAAAUUAAACUCAUUUCAAGUUUAUAUGCGCAAUUCAAGAAUUUGAUACCGUCCAAUGGCACCGAUGAGUUCGAAGUAUUUGAAACUCCAAAAUGUUCAAAGCCAAAUUCGAUGGUUCUAUGCUCGAAAAAUAGUUAUUCAAUCAAACAAGUGAUUGCUGAAUCAAAGACUGAUCUUACCAAAGAUAGCGGAAUUGAUUUUGAAAUUUUUAGCGCAAACUCAACAAGUCUCGAGAGACCGGUUCAAGAAACAACAGAACUUCCACCUUUUGAAUUCUUAAUAAAUUGUGGAAAAGUUACAAUGAUAGUUUACGACAUUAAAAAAGUAAUCAAAUCUGAAUUCGACAACAAUACUCACGAACCCCAAGAAGAUGACCUGAAUAAUGUAAAACAGCCUCUGAUUUAUGCAAUGAUUGAUCAACCAAAUUUUUAUUUUUCUCAACAAAGUUACGACCAAAAACUACAGGUAUCUUGCUUUGACAUUGCUUUAUCUCUCGGUAAAGAUGCAAAUGAGAGUUCAGCGUCGAUGCCCACAGAAUCGGAUUUUAAAGUGUGUCUUAUAGAAACUAAGAACGGCGAACCACAUCCUGACACGGGAAUACCUCCGUCGUUCCUGGUAAUUAAGUACGAUAUGCUUGCAACUAAAAACCCGCAAUUGAACGUAAUUAUGGGAAGACCGACGAAAGUUCAUUUUUCGCUUUCACGCCUAAACGAUGUUUUGUAUAUAAUAGACAAGGUAACGGCGUGUUUUUCGAGCGAGUAUUCAAUAAAUCUGACUUCAAAGAGCAGCAGCGAUAUAAAUACCAGUACUCAGCUAGACUCUGAUCAACUACCUCGGAAGUACAAUGUACCAGACGUAAACGUUACGAGCAAGCAGUUGGUUAUUUCGUUUAAGUCGGACUCAAAUGCUGAACUACUAUUCAGCCUGUCGUCGUUAUCUGGCAGCAUCACUAACGUCGCAAGGCCCGAGAAAAUGUACGGAAACCUAGCCUGGGAUUCGCUCAUCGUCUCGACAAUUCUCGACUCAGAAAUGGCGGUACUGCUAAAUCCGUGCUCAUGCAAUGCAACGAUUUGUCUCGUUUGGGAAUCCUGGCAGUGUAGUGCGAGUAGUCCUCAGAUUCAGAUUCAAGCCGAGAGUGAUUGCGUUUACUUAGACCUAGGGCCUAAGCAUAUACUGAUUAUAAAGUCAAUCCUGACGGAUUAUGAGAAAAUAAUGGCCAAAAUCUCCUCUGGGGACGGUAGACAAUUGACAAAUCUGUAUGAAGAGGAUUCUGCCAUAUUCACUACUCAUGAACAGCAUUACAAAGAUGAUCUGAAAUCUGGAGCUUUUCAAUUCGUCGAUGGCACUGCUGAAGAACUCCCUUUCCCGUAUCAGGUCGUGUUCUUCUCAAUUCCACACCAAGCGAUGGCUUGGCGCUAUCCACAUCCACGAGCGCUUACGAAAAUCCAUGUUAACCCAGUUCCGCUAGAGUCUUACGAUGAUGAAGAGAAAUCAGUGGGCCGUGUACCCUGUGCUAUAGAGUACUGGAGCGAAAGUCAGAUGUCGUAUCAGCGCUACGUUAAUCUCUAUCUCUCCGAAACUGAAAGCUAUCGACUCGACCUUCCAGACAGAACACCUCUGCAAGUAGUAGCCUGCGUCUGGCGUAUAGUAUUACUGCCUGAACUGGAAGAAAGGCUGUCGAGCAAAGCCUUAAUCGGUUGUCUUCGCAUCGACUCGUAUUUCAAUCCGCUAAUUGUUCCGAAGAUCCAGGCGGCUCUAAAUGUCUGGGCCAUUCAACUAUCACUGUACAAUCAUUUGGAGCACAACUACUAUGAAAAUCUACCAGCGCCUUUGGUUGGCUAUAAGCUCAACGGUAUGAUUCCUGAACGGCAAUGCUUCGCACAGCUUGAGUACGGGGGAGCAAAUUUUCUCUUCAGCAAGUGGCCUGAUGGUUCGUCGCUGUUCGAUCUCAACGGUAGCUUCGCGUUUCACGUGCUAGACUAUGGACUACUUGUGCUUCAGGAGGUACUGGAUUCGGUCAAGACCAAGGCACAGUUUUCUAUCAGUGACAGCUUGGACAUGUCGCUAACUUGCGACAGCUUUUCCUUAAAGCUCAGUCCAUCGACCUUUCACACUCUCGCUCUAUCCACUCAUCUGUGGUAUAAUGUUUUGGAUGAAAAAAAUAAACCUGCGCUUGUGCUAACAACCAGAUAUGUAAUCGCCAACGAUGCGAAUAUUCCUAUUCGAUUUGGCCAGAGCGGUACCGAUGAUAAUAUCCUACUGGAAAGUAGACAGUGCCACUUUUAUUCUUGGCGAGAUGCUAAUAAUCAGGUUCUAAGGAUAGCAGUAGAAGAAAACGGUUGGUCCUGGAGCAAACCUUUCUCAGUGAACGCCGAUGGCGCCUACCUCGCGGAUUUCAGUAGUUCAUCCCUGGACGUCGUUAUUUCUAUCAAUGUUACAUCCUUAUCAGCAUCACAAAAACUCGUGACUUUCUCCGGUCAGUUGAUAAUCUCCAACCAGCUGAUGGAUAGUUUCGAGAUGAAACUCAUUAAAUACGACGCUAUAGCGAAGAAUCGAUCGAUGGCGUCCCGUGAUAUCUUCCACAUUCCUCCGAACAGUCAACCGCCUUCAGUUGUGCUAACAGACAAUAGCAAUAAUAUGGCUAUGCGUUUGCGGUUCUCUAGCAUCGCUAAUUUGUCUUGGACCGGGGACAUUCCUUUACAGCCAAAUGCCAAAUGGGGACAGCCUUGGCUUGUCAAAGUGCCUUUACAAGAAAGAGGACAAUUUAUUAGUAUUUGGGUGAGAAUAAUAAUCGAACAAUUUAAUGGAAAAAAUCAAAUUCUUGCAAUCACAAGCCCUCUCUAUAUGAUAAGAUCGUAUUUGCCGGUACCAGCAAAAGUUCAAAUAGAAACGCCGUCGUUAAAAGUAUCGCUCAAUGCUGUUGUUAAUGGACGCGGAGAACGUCAGCAAUUGUACUGUCCGGGAACUUUUGAACAUUUUCAUCAACUUACUUUUCAGAUUGAGUCUAGUGUUUCUUCUUCAAAUCCAUACGUGCCAUUGUCGUACAGUUCAGUAGAUCAACGUAAAUUUUUCAAAAGACCAGAAAAAGAGAGUAUUAAAGAUGUUUUAGCCGCGUUAGAGUCAGCGAAAGAAGGACCAAAAUGGCCAUUUCAAAUCGAUGAAUCCUGUCCAUGGGUAGCAGCAAAUCAACCACAGACUCAUGUUCAAGUAAAAUAUGAAGAUGCUGGAUUAGCUUCCAGUACUUUACUUCUAGAGCUACAACCUUGGUGCUUUAUCCUAAAUUCCCUUGGUACUCAGCUGUCUAUUGUGUCCCAAGAUGUUGAGCUUUGUAGGAUACCUCAUUAUGGCAUAGUUUCUCCUCCAAAAUUAGAAGGUACAUUCCAUAUUGGAGUUGGGGUUGUUGACACAUUUUACAUGUCAUCUGCUUUACAACUAGUUGGUUUAGAAUGGAGUCAAAGUUUUUACAUGCCUAGGAUACAAGGAUUGAUCCCCCUGGAGGGAAAUAUUAAAGCCUGCGUCGAUUGCGACUCUAGUAUAAGUAUGAUAAGCAUAAAUUCAUGUAUGCAUAAGGAUAUGCGUGUAAUUCGCGUUAGUAGUAACUACGUUAUAGAAAAUAUGACAGACUGUGAACUGCGCAUAGCAACAUUAGCAAUACCAAAUUCUUCGACUGACUUGUGCUUACCAAAUGAUCUCGGUCCUCAAAGUAUUAGUAUUUCACCGACUACAGAUCAGAGGUUUGCAGUUCCGAUUGUACAGUGGUAUACCUUAUUUGGAAAAAUUGACGAACCGUUCAUUUUGUAUAUUUCUUUACAAUGUGAAAAUAAUUCGUGGUCUUGUCCUAUUCGUGUUGAUCAAAAUCUUAGUCGUAGAUGUACAUCGGUCGCGAACGGACAUAGUUCUAUUCCUCUUGUAAUAACUACUCAGGAGGAUAAGAGUACGGUGUAUAUUAUGAUUCAUGUAGAUAAGCAUCCACAGUUAUUUAUUGAAAAUAUGUGCCAAUUUAAACUCGCCAUUGGACAGUCCAAUGAAGAAGCAGAUGAUAUUGUUUCGGAUACUCAACAUUUUACGUGGAAAUGUCAAAUUGAAAGCAAAACUUCGAGCUACUAUUCAACGCCGGCUUUUGGAAGUAGAUUACCAGAUUUGCCGAAUAACAACAAUAAACCUAUUUCAAUGCUGAUAGCUGCUUUACCAACGUCAGAAGAAUAUCACGAGAACACAGAUAACAAUAAUUUACAUUGGUCCCGAAGCAUACAGUUGUCUGUUUAUCCUACUGAACAGUAUAUACAGUUGCCUCAUUAUGGGGAUAUCAAACUUACGAUGCAAAUACGAUGUUAUACAACUUUUAUCUAUUUUACACCAAUUUCACAAGUCGAAAUAUCUGCACAGGAAGUCAGAAGUAAAAUCGAAAAGAAAUCAAUGAUUCAACAAGAUUCUAGUGAUUUAAUUGCCGAUAAUUUAGAAGGAGAUAGAACUUUAUUAAAUUUACAGAGCACUAGCAGUUCAACGUCAACGACAACGUUUUUCUCGGCCCAGGAUGAAAUAUCUGAAGGAGAUUUAUCAUCACAUCCAACAAUGCUCUUGAACAACAUCAAUCAAGUGAACAAAGCGCACAAUACAGGAACUGAUUUAAUGGCUAUCGAAGAGUACGAAGAGCGAAAGAUUCUGAGUGGAUCUGCCACGAUUCAUCUACAAGGCUUUUCCAUCGUCGUAAUGAAAGAUGUUAACGACAGUUCUCAAAGAAUCGAAGUCGCCAGUUUGUGUAUGAUUGACACGGUACUCAUGAUGGAUUAUAAUAAGACUCAUUCGAAUCUUAGUGUUUACGUUGGUGAUUUACAAUUUGACAAUCAAAUGUUCGAACACGGUGGUUACGAUUUUCCUGUUGUUCUAAUAAGUCAGAAACCUUUUGUGAAGAAAGAUUUAGCCAUUUACUUGAGUAACAGCUUGAAGAAAAAUAUCAAGAAUGUAAUAGAAAAUUCUCUGCUAACCAUCGAUUUAACGUGGGAGAACUAUCGUGAUAUCAGAGCCUGUAAAGAGGUAGCCAUCAAAGUAGCUCCUAUAAGUGCGUACAUCGAGGGAACUUACAUCACUCUGUUAAUGGAUUAUGCCGCCUCGAUACUGCCACCUUGUUUCGUUGUACAAGAUCCGAGUUUGGAAAGAACAGCAGCAGAUUCGUCCACGAUGAGCAAUAUCUGCGUACCAGACCACAUACAAGUCGACGCCAAAAUCCUGAGCAAUCCACUGAGGCUUCAAAGCUUCAUAAUCGAGCCGGUGUCAAUUUUAUUGAGUGUACAUACUUCAGUGCACCUUUACGUGGCGUUCGAUCACUCACCGUUGUAUUUCGAGGCUUUUGACAGAAAAAAUCUUAUCACUACACCUUACCGGUUAGGCAAUGCGCUCGCUAUGCAUUAUCUGUCAGGAGCGAUUUUCGGCGUCGGAUGGGUCGUUGGAUCUUUAGAAAUUUUAGGCUCACCUGGUGGUCUGGCGCAGGCGCUUGGCUCAGGGUUAAAAGAUUUUAUAUCCAUGCCAUUCCAGGGUUUACUACAAGGGCCUUGGGGUUUCCUAGUUGGUAUUACACAUGGCUCAGCUAGUCUCGUCAAACAUAUCACAGCUGGUACUGUGAACUCAGUCACAAAGCUGGCAUCAAGCGUAGCUCGAAAUUUGGAUCGAUUGACGCUCGACGAUGAACAUCUGCAGCGCCAGGAAGAAUCCCGACGGAUGCGACCUCAGGGUGUAGCACAAGGCCUUUAUCAGGGCUUAACUGGCUUAGGCAUGAGCUUAUUAGCUGCGGUGGCUGGAAUAGCACAUCAUCCUCUGCAGCAAGUCUGGUCGGGGGAAACGUCGACGAGAGGUCUAGUCACUGGAGUUGGGCUCGGACUCGUAGGUGUUGUUACAAAGCCCUUGAGUGGUGCAGCCGAAUUGGUCGCUUUGACAGGCCAAGGUUUACUACAGGGUACUGGCUGGAACUCUUUACCUGCGCCUCGACAAAGGCCAGUUGUGCAAUAUUCAAAUGGAUUUGGUGCUGCCUCUUUGAGAUACGCUUGGAGACUGAUGCCACUUCUCGCUAAAAGCCACGAUAGUAUUUUACACGUGUCUAAUGCGGACUACGUAAUGCUUCAAGGCAGCAAUAGAGCCGUUACCCUUGUUCUUACUAGGCAAGCUUUACUGAUAGUUAAUAUUGCAGAAGAUAGUGUAGAAAAAAUAUAUCCACUGAAAGACCUGGUUGGUGCAGACCAUCCUUCUGACUCAUCUAUGCUCAGGCUCCACUGUUUGAGCAAUUCACCACCUCAACAUUUCAGAAAAAUGUCACCAGUUGAACAAGUUGAAGUGCAUAUGGAUCAAGCAAUGAGGGCUAGGGUAGCUGAAUUCUUACGCACUAGCAGUACCGGUAUUGCUAGUGUCUCUACAAACAGCGACGCACAAUCUGAAAUAAACGAUGCCGUGUCUAUACCGGACUCUGAGAAUAGUUUGACCUUUUACAUCAACUCGGAUUCUCGCAGUUACCUUUUAUCUGUUUUUAAUGUCGCCAAAAGACAAAGUCAAGAAAAUGGUUUUGUAGUAAUAUAGUCAAAUUUUCUGAACUUCCCUGUCAUAAAAAUUGCUAGUGCUGAAUUAAUUUAUAUCAAACUUCUAUUAAUUUUUAUAAAUUAUUGUUCAUACAAAAUAAAUAAAAAAUGUCAGUAAUUAAAAACUAAGCGAAAAAAUAAAUUUUUUGCAAGAUGUUCACAACAUCAUUUUUAAAAUGCUUUUAAAAACUUAAUAAUUUAAAUCCAUACAGUAAAAAAUAUUAACUCUGAACAAAAGUUUUUUUCUAUAAUAGUUAAUUUAUUGAAAAGAAAUAAUACAAAACUUUAUUAUGUAAAAGGUUAUAUUAAAAUUAAGUAAUGACUGUCAAUCCCAGCAAUCAAAAUUCUUAUAUUUAUUUUUUCCUACUUAAUAGUAUACAAUAUACAACAAAAUUACUCGAGUCGUUUUUAUAAAAUUUAUAGUUCCGCAUACCAUUCAUCUUUUGUAAAAUUUCUAAUUACUCGAAGUAUGUUCAAAUUUAAAACAAUUAAUACUUUUAAUGUGCUAUUUUCUAGAUGUCAACAUCAUGUAAUCAAAAUAAUUUAUAGAUUAUCGUUAUGUUUUAUUUUAGCUUAACUUCUUUUUGAGCUGUCCUUUGUUGGUUCCGUCGUACGAUUUUUAACAAUCCAAGGAUGAUUUAAAAUACCAUCCAAAGUCAGCCUAUCUUCUGGUUUCACAACGAGUAACUGUAGAAGUAAAACAUGUUUUUAUUAUUGUUAUUACUUCUUAAACAUUAUAAAUGUUUCUAACGUACCUUAGAAAUAAGGUCCUUUGCUCCACUACUCAAAUAGCUUGGACAUUUGUAGCUAGCUUUUUUGAUUUUAUUAUAUGUUUCAUUAUAUGUAUCUGCUAAAAAUGGUGGUUGGCCAACAAGAAAUUCAUAGGUCAAAACUCCAACUCCCCACAAAUCAACGGUAUGAUCAUGAGUUUGACCAUUUAC